UUUCUACGAGCAGCGCGUCUCAGGUGUCACCUCCCUACCUGUGAGAAAUGCAGCCAGUAAUCAGUGACUCCACCUCUUGUCUUUUCCGUCUGCUGCUAUUGGCUGAGCUGCUCAUCCAUUCGUCGUGUCAGUCCACCCUUAGCUGCAGCAUGUUUGGAUCAAUGAUCCAUCAGGUGGACAAACUCCUGAACUCAUCGAAAAGGCUGCAUAACUUGACAAAAGAGGAACUCGUAAAGUUUGCUGCUGUAGAACACAGACUGAGCAGUCUUCCUCACAUUCAACACACUGUUGGCGAUUUCAACUCGUUGAAGGUCAACGAGUCGCUCUCUCAGCUGUACUCCCACACUCUGUCCUUCAGGGUGCACGUCGACUGGCUGAAAACUGCAAAAGAAAAUGUCAGUUUGCCCAUUCAGUCAGCUGAGACCACAAGUACUCAGCUCCAGCAGCUGUUCCGCCUCGCCAACACGUCCCUUCAUCAGAUCAGGGAAGAGGUUCCUCAGACAACGUCUCCUUCCCUCCCUGAAGUCUCCUUAGCCUUUGAUGCUCUAAAGUUCUCUGUAGAGAUCUCUGACCGGCUACAAGCCUUCUGUCACUGGUCAAAAAGAGCCCUACGUCGUCUCCAGAGACAAUCCCGUUGCCCCGGACGUUAAGACGAACAAAUCCUUCAGAAUGCAAGCAACUGCUCAUGUCUUCCUACAAAACCACUUGCAAUUUUUUUUUUUUUAAAUGAGGAUUUUUAGCCAUGCUGCUGGUGUAUUUUGAGAUCAGGCUGCCCACUGCUUUGGUCGAGACCGAAAUAUCCAUUGGAGGAAUUGCCAUGAAGUUCGAUGCAGACAUCAGUGGUGUCCCUUGAUGUUUUUUCUGUGGCGCCACCUGUACGUCAAAAUUUUUACUUUUUCUGUGAAACAUUUCAAAGAUGGACUGGAAGAAAAUCUGGUUCCCUUGUAGCACCGUUACAUUUGCGGUCCUGAUUGAAAUAUCUCAACUGUUGGGUGGAUUGUCAUGAAAUAUGCUGAAGAAGUUCUGUUUUCCCACUGUUUCAUUCAGCACCAUCAUUACGUCUCAUUUUCAAUGAGCUUAACACUUACAAAUUCAGCACCAAAUGCCUCCAAAACUACCAUUCAAUUGGUGACUAAGGUUUUUGUGCAAAUCAGCCAGUGUUAGCAUGCAAACAUGCUAAACUAAGAUGAUGGGCAUGGCAAACAUAAAGCCUUUAUAGCAUCAGCAUGUUAUUAAAUUGACAUUAGCUCAAAGCAUCGCUGUAGAUUCAGUAAAUACAGCCUCUCAAAGCUGCUAACAUGGCUGCACCCUCAGUCUUGUUUACACAUGGUGAUGUGCAGACGCUGUUCUGACACACAAAAGUUCAGUACAAAACAAUUAAGAUGAAAAUUCAAGAGUUGCAAAGUUCUUGAUGCAUUACGAGGGUUGAUCAAAAAGUUAUAAGGCAGCGCCUGUAAAAAAGCAAAAACCUCACUCAAUUUAAAUGUAACUACCAUCCUUGUCAAGUUAGUUUUUUCAUGUAGCGAGACACUGCUCCUUAUGUUCCUGCAACAUUUGAAAAGCUCCCUGGAAGUCCUGAAGCGACCCUCCACUUGUGUUUUAUUUUGAGGAAGAGGGAGAAGUCACAGGGGGCCAAAUUUGGUGAGCAGGGAAUUUGGAGAGCAACAAUUAGGUUGUUGUGGCCAAAAAAAUGUGUGUAAUCAACAAUGGGCACAAAACAUUUGAGCUCUCACAUGUCAGAGUGCACAACCACAUGAAUGUCUAAAGUCCUCCUGACCUGACAGGCCUUUUUGGCUUUGAAACUUUGGGUCAUUGCUGUAAAAACUGUUGUUUCUUCUCUUGAUGGUAGCUGCAGACCCGCCUUUUAUCACCAGUGAUGAUCCUCCAAAUGCAGAAUGUGAUGUUUGCUCUCUGCUCCAGUUUUUCUUGAAAAAAACCCCAAAUGUGCACUUACCAGUGGUCAUGAAAACAUGUCUAACUCUGAUGUCAACAUCACAACAACCUUCGUCAAGACAGCUACUGCUCAUGAAAAGUCUCAGUACUUUUUGACCAACCCUUGUGCAAGGCUUUGUGUAGGCUGUCAUUAUAACCACAUCUAAAAUACAGAACAGAAUGUAUGUUUAUUCCUUAUGUUUAAGAAAAUAAGUGUAUGCCACAUUUUACAUGUAGCCUUUUGAAAUGUGUCGUAAGGAUGCACUGUGCUGACGUACUGUUUGCGACCUCUGAGACUGUUUACACUCACAGUGCCUGCUACGUGUUGAUCUACUCAGUGAGCUAAAUGACAAGAAAACAUUGUGGGACAAUUAAUAUUUUUUUAUUGCUGUUCUUUUUCGUUUAAACCUAUUUAGAAUGCUAUUUAUGAGCUUUUUUUAUGUUUUUAUAUUUGACAGUGUUUAGUUUGAGAUGCAGGCAUCUCACUUGUAUCUAUGGUGAUGUCUAAUUUAAUAAUAAUAAUAAUAAUAAUAAUAUUAAGGUAU